AUGGUCCCUUGUAGUCACCAGAAUUACGGCCGGCUGGAAGGUCUGGUCGCGGAGCAGAUUGAUCAUCUGCACUACCUCGAUGACAUUUUCUCGCUAGGCAUACCCGACCUGACGGACGUGCUCUUCCUCAUCCUGCUGCAGCGCCUUCUCCUGCCGCUGUAUGUCUACUCCCUCACUAAGCGCCACCCGCCCGCGACAGUCUCGGACGCUCCGGUUAGUUGUCUACACAUGCUGCUUAUUCCUUCCUUUCUCUCUUUCAUCUGUGCACACAUCUAUUGUUUCCAACUACUUCGUUUGGCAUCACGUUCUCCCUCACCCUUCUCCUUUGUACUCAUGCGGUAA